AUCCAUUAAAUAUAACGCUUAAGAUAGUACUCAUGGAAGUGUAAUGUGAAUUAUUGUACUCAAAAAAAUAGAACACCUGAAGUUUAUCACAGAAAUUGUCCAUCUAAAUUUCGGGAAUCCGUCACAAUCUAGUUCAAGAUAUAAACUUGCUGUCGUUAACCUUCAAUUUUGUUGAUUCCGAGGUGAGCGCACUUUGAUCGGUAUAGAUGAAUAUCUCCAAUAUAUGAAGUGAAGCUUGCAUUACUCUGAACUUCGAAGAAUUAACCACAACUUGUGAGACGGUGCAUGUGAUUCGUGAAAGGAAAAAGAAGGAAAUUUCGAAACCAUGGCACCUAAAAUUGAGAGAAUCAUCGAGAAUAUAGAGCUAGGUGAAGGACCACAUUGGGAUAUCUCAGCUCAAGUACUCUACUUUGUAGAUAUUUUUUCCAAAACUAUCAACAAAUAUGAUCCUUCAACUAAAAAACACACCAAAGCCCACUUCGAUACCUACGUUUCGUUCAUUAUUCCUGUCGAAGGAGAGGUGAAUAAAUUUGUAGUAGGAUUAGGUAGACAUAUUGUUUUUGUUGUUUGGGAUGGUGAAAGUGAUAAAGUUGAAGAAAUAAAAAUGUUGGCUGAAGUGGAUCAUCAGUCUCCUGAAAGUAUGGAAAAUAGACUCAACGAUGCAAAAUGUGAUACGUCCGGAAGACUGUGGGCAGGAACUAUGGGUGUUGAGAAAAUCAAUGGACAAGUGAAGCCGAACAUGGGAUCAUUUUACAGUUAUGCAGACAGGAAAUUGAAAAAACAUUUCAAUCAAAUUGGAAUUUCAAAUGGUCUUGCCUGGAGUAGAGAUAAUAAAAAACUUUUUUAUAUAGAUUCCAUGAAAGGAACAAUUGAUCAGUUAGACUUUGACUCGUCAAAUGGUGAUAUCUCUAAUAGAAGAACACUAUUCACAUUCGAGAAGAACCAGUUGAAUGGUUGUUUACCAGAUGGUAUGACAAUUGAUGAAGACGAAAACUUAUGGGUAGCUUGUUUCAAUGGAAACAAAGUAAUUAAAAUCGACUCAAAAAAUCCUGAGACUUUAUUGGACACUAUAUCUUUACCAGCUAAACAGGUGACUUCAGUCGCAUGGGGUGGAUCAAAUUUGGAUGAACUUUAUGUGACCUCUGCGAAAUUCUUGGUAGAUGGUAUAGUUCUGAAUCCCCCAGACCACGGGAGCAUCUACAAAAUUACUGGACUGGGCACUAAGGGAUUACCAAUGUCAAAUUUCAGGUUCUAAAUGAGAGAAAAGUAUUCCAAGUUUUAUUGUAUUCUUUUAUAGAUAAUGAAAAGUUUUAUUCCUUUCGGUGGUCUUUUUUACCACUGUUAUUUUUGAUAUAAACAUUCAUGAGGCAAAAAUAUAGUAUUGUGUUUUGUGGAAUAAAGGCACUUUUUAAAACAGA